AGCUGCCGGUCGGCGCUAAGAACCCCAGCUGCAAGAUCAUGACCUUCAGGCCCUCCAUGGAGGAGUUCAAGGACUUCGCCAAAUACAUCGUGUACAUGGAGACGCAAGGAGCCCACCGGGCCGGCCUCGCUAAGGUGAUCCCUCCGGAGGGCUGGAAGCCGCGGCGGUCCUACGACACCAUCGACGACAUGGUCAUCCCGGCUCCCAUCAUGCAGGUGGUGACCGGCCAGUCGGGGCUGUUCACCCAGUACAACAUCCAGAAGAAGUCCAUGACCCGUGGCCGAGUUACUGCGCCGGCUGGCUGGCUAACAGCAAGGUACUACACCGUGUUGGUGAUAUGA